AUGGUCCGCACCUCCGUUCUCCACGACGCUCUCAACGCCAUCAACAAUGCCGAGAAGGCUGGCAAGCGUCAGGUCCUGAUCCGACCUUCCUCCAAGGUCAUCAUCAAGUUCCUCCAGGUCAUGCAGCGCCACGGCUACAUUGGCGAGUUCGAGGAGGUCGAUGACCACCGCUCCGGCAAGAUCGUCGUCCAGCUCAACGGCCGCCUCAACAAGACCGGUGUCAUCUCCCCCCGCUACAACGUCCGCCUCUCCGAGCUCGAGAAGUGGGUUGUCAAGCUGCUCCCUGCCCGUCAGUUCGGCUACGUCAUCCUGACCACCUCUGCCGGUAUCAUGGACCACGAGGAGGCCCGACGCAAGCACGUCUCUGGCAAGAUCAUUGGCUUCUUCUACUAA